CUCCAUCCCGCCGCGGUGGCACGUUGUCCCGGUCCCUCGGGCUAAUUGGGGUGCAGCCCCCUCCCCGGUGAUGCCCGGGAGGGAAGCGGCCGUCUCCAUCACCAGGGGUGUCUGCACUGUGUUCCUCAUUCUGACAGCCACGGCAGCGCCUGAAUCCUGCUCCUGGUCCAGCUGUGCUGGGAGAAGGCUGACUUUUACGACCAACGGCGGGACUAGCAUGGGAGAAGCCUUCCCUGGGCAUGGGCAGCGCUAAGGAGCCCGAGGGGCUGCAGGUGCUGAGUCGCCAGGCCGGGACCGAGGACACCUGUGACCCCAGUGCCACCUCCCCCGGCUGCUCACCGGCAGGUGAGUGCCUGCCCAGCUCCGGUUGUGCCACGGGAGCCCGUGCCAUGAGGACCUGCUGCGUGGCUGAGUCAGAGGCCCAGGCCACCACGUCGGGCUCAGCAGCAGAGAAGAAGGUGCCAUCACCAACAGGACCAGCUCCUGGCACGCUCCUCCGGGACACUGGCACAGAGCAGAGUGUGGCAGUAACAACAGCGAGCUGUGGGGGACCAAGUGGCACUGCCCCUGCCUGUGGUCCCACAGGGAUGGGGGUCCCCAAUGCCCAGAAAGAGAACGCAGCCCCUGCUUCCCCCCUGCCCGAUCCCUGCCUCAAGGCGACCAACAAGGACAUGGGAAGUGCGCCAGCUCCAGCCAAACGUGUGGCAUUUGUGGAGCCCACCGCAGGGACCGGGACAGCUGAGCUGCCAAGCCAGGAGCAGCCUCAGGGUGGCACAGGGACAUCCCUGGGUGCUGCACCCCAGCUGAACAGAAGUGAGGCUCCCAAGCAUCCCCAGGGAGGCACAGCAGACCCCCACAGCACCGACACUGUGGGGAGCGGGGGCCAAAGCAAGACAGAACCGAGCUCCACCACCCUGGGCGAGGGCAAAGCCGAACAGAGCUCGGCCCAGAGUGCAGGUGCUGGAAGCAGCCAGCAGCCCCAAACAGCCAAGCAGCUCUGCGAGUCCUACUCCUUUGAGGUGACCCCCCCGCAGGACGCCGGGACACAGGACAUGGGGACGCAAGUGGACAGCCGCGUGUCCCUGGUGUCAGUGGCUUUGAGCCCCAUGAGUCCCCCGGGUGGGGCUGCUGCCUUCACCUUCCCCAAGAGAGAGAUGGGCUCUUCAGCCCCACGCCUGGAGCCCUUCAAGAAGGACGCAGAGAUGCAGGUGUCCAUGCCUGUGGAGACCCGCUCAGUGGCCACUGGGCCAAUGACGCCAGUGGCCAAGUCCCCACAGACUUCGUAUCCUGAGGUGCAGGUGAAGGGGACGGUGGCAGAGGUGGUGGAGGAGGCUCCGGAACCCAUCCGGGAGGUGAGCUGGGAUGAGAAGGGGAUGACGUGGGAGGUGUACGGGGCCUCCAUGGAGGUGGAGGUGCUGGGCAUGGCCAUCCAGAAGCACCUGGAGAAGCAGAUUGAGGAGCACGGGCGGCAGGUGGUGGUGACCCCACAGAGCACCCGCACCGGCUCCGUCAAGGGAGGCCCCCGCAAAGGUGAGGCCAAGAGGCAGCCCAGUGUCUUUCGGGCUCUGCUGCAAAACGUCCGGCGGCCCCGGUGCUGCUCCCGCACCGGCCCCGCCAUGGAGUGAGUCGCUGCCCAUGCUGGCAGGGUGGGGGUGCCACGGGGCUUCUCUGGGCAAGUGAAAAUGGGUCCCUGCCCUGGUGUCCUGAGACACCUGGUGCCAGUGUGUGGGGCUCCUGGGGCUGAGGCAGGUGGUGAUGGAGCACUGCAUGCUGGGGCAAGGUAUCUCCUUUGCUGGGGUCCCUCCUGCCAGCCUGGGGUCCCCCCAUGAGUGUAGCCCUGUGGAGGUGCCCCAGAACGUGAGGCUGGUGCCCUGUCUCUGUGUUUGGUGGCUUUUUUCAGCAUGAGGAAGCACGUGGCUCCUUCCAGAUGGAGGCAGCUGCUCCCGUGCAUCUCCUGCCUGUGGCACAGGUCUAGAGAUGACUCAGGGUGGGUGCUGCUGACUCCCAUGAGCUCUGGCACCUCAGGCAGCAGCAUUACUUCCCGUGCUGGAGAGACACUGGUGCAUCACCCUGCCAUCGCUUUGCCUGCCCAGGGCUUGGCCAUGCUCUGUCCAGCCCAUGGCCAUGCAUAUGUGGGUCCCCAUGGCUGCCCAGGGCAGGCACCAGCCCCUCAACAGCCCUGUCCUCUCUGCCCCACUGCUGUCUCAUGGGUGCCCUGGAG